AUGCCGGACAAGAAGCGUCCUCGUUCGGCACUGGGCUCCGACACCGAGGACGUCGGCGCAGAUUGCACUCUGACUGCUGCAGUGACAGAGGGGCACGUUUUCAACCAGGAUCAAACAGCUGAUGAGGUUGCAGAGGAACUGCGUCAAAAACUGCAGUGCUCAGUGAUUGCGCAGCCGCUUGCGGGGCGUAAACUUACGAAACGGAUCCUGAAGCUAGCGAAGAAACUAGCGGGUAAGAAGCAGCUCCGACGCGGUGUCAAAGAAGUAGUCAAGAGCAUUCGGAAAGGUGCUCGUGGCUUCUGUGUGAUGGCUGCGGACGUCGCGCCCGUUGAUGUCAUUGCUCACGUCCCGAUCCUCUGCGAGGAGACGGGCAUCCCUUACUGCUUCGUGCCUUCUCGUGAGUUGCUGGGCAAGGCGGCUCAACUCAAGCGGCCAACAUGCGUCCUAUUCCUGCCGCUCAUCGAGGAUACUGAUGACGAAGAGGAACUCAAACUGCAGCGCAAGUGCUGGCGAGAUCUCGCGACUCUGCAGAAGUCGCUCGAUGAUGUGUUGCGUGAACACUGA